AUGUCGCGGCUAUCAUUACCUUAUGACCAAGUACAGGCGCGGGAUUCCCUUGAGUUGGCCAGUUUAGCUUCGAGUGACACAGAUCAAAGAACUUCUUCUUCAGCUUCCAUACGUUCCAAGCUGUCAACCUCUUCAAGACUUACUCAUGACAAAGACCUCCCUGAAAACUCGUAUCACGCUGGCAAUAAAUCGAAAGACGUACAUGGCCGAUCAUUCUCGCUCUCCUCGGCGUUUAACUUCAGCUCAAAUCUAUUCCCUCUAUCUUCAACGACAAGCAAUGGCUACGCACCAAUUGGUGCACCACUCUCUUCUAGUGGCCCCAUCAACUUACAAGCAGACUCACUUGAGAAGCAUAAAAAUUUGACGUACCUUAACGGAUUAUCAUUAAUAGUAGGAUGUGUAAUAGGAUCUGGUGUCUUUUCCUCUCCGAGCCAAAUUAUCGUCAACUCUGGAUCUAUCGGGGCUUCACUCGUCUUAUGGUUGGUAGCAGGAUUAUUGGCAUGGACAGGAGCCUCAAGUUAUGCUGAGUUAGGAGGUGCCAUACCACUCAACGGCGGAUCUCAGAUUUAUCUUACUAAAAUUUUCGGAGAACUAGCUGGAUUUCUAUUUACGUGGUGUGCUGUCAUGGUAUUGAAGCCAGGCUCAACAGCCAUUAUAUCUAUCAUAAUGGGAGAAUAUCUAGUGCGAGCUUUGAUAGGUUCUGAUGCAGAGAUUAUUAGUAUAUGGGUCAACAAAAGCGUUGCCCUUAUUGCAAUGGUGGUUGUCACCAUGUUGAAUUGUGUAUCUACGAAACUUGGAACUCGAACUAGCGAUAUAUUCACGGUUUUUAAACUCAUUGCGAUCUCUGGAAUAACAAUGACAGGAGUCGCGGUAGCGGUCAUGAGACUCUCUAAUUCUAACGGCACUACUUCGGUGUCGGGAUCAGGAAGCACUGGAUGGUUUGAUGGAACAAGUACAAGCGCCAGCCAAUGGGCAGUAGCUUUGUAUGCCGGACUCUGGGCCUUUGAUGGCUGGGAUACAACUAGCUAUGUUGUAGGGGAAUUUCGAAACCCCAGCCGAGAUUUACCCAGAGUUAUUCACACAGCUAUGCCAUUAAUUAUUACGUCCUAUAUCCUCGUCAACAUGGCCUAUUUUCUUGUCCUUCCAUGGGAAACUCUAAAAUCAUCCAACACAAUUGCUGUCACGUUUGGUGGCCUGGUUUUUGGGCCUGUUGGGUCUAUCAUACUCGCUCUUGUCAUAUCGGCAUCGUGCUUCGGAGCCCUCAAUGCCAGCGUAUUUACCUCUGGUCGCUUAAUUUGUGCAGCUGCAAAGGAAGGGUAUCUUCCUCCAAUUUUUGGGGAAAUUGGUAUCGGAACGAAAAAAAAUGACAGUUUACACUCUGAUAAAAGAAAUCGGGCUUCUCAACUAUUAGCAAAGCUGGUGGGGGAUGAAGAAAAAGGCCUCUUCUUCACACCCAUUAAAGCCAUGAUGCUCAAUGCAGGUUUUACCAUAUUUUAUAUCAUAAUUGGCGAGUUCUCUACCCUGGUUACAUUCUAUGGAGUUGCGGGGUACUCUUUUUACUUCCUUACGGUCCUUGGUCUCAUAAUAUUGCGUGUCAGGGAACCUCAUUUAGAAAGACCGUACAAAACAUGGAUAACAACCCCAAUAAUAUUCUGCUGUGUGAGUUUAUUUUUGUUGAGCCGUGCGAUUUUCGCAGAGCCUUUCCAGACUUUAAUUGUUUUGGUAUUUCUCUUGGCUGGUGUUCCUAUGUAUUAUUGGCGAGUCAAGGGCCCAAACGAAAAGAGCAAUGUAAAAAUAAGCAGCCGAAAAUGA